CAUCGGCUAAAUAUACACUACGAACUUCGCAUUACCGGUAAUGGGAUCCUGGGGUAGACAUCCUUGGCGGGUCGUGCCGCGACCUGUAUAUAGUGUUCCAAUUCGGAAAGGGGGACAUCAAUAUACAACAACACUUCACGAUAGGACACCGGCUAAUCAGACCAAAGGGUCUUUCUCGAAAAUGAGCAACACGAUGAUUUGUUUUCGUGGACCCAUGAUCGACUUCUCGCGAUUAUACUUAUUUGAGCCCUCGCCCUUGCCUUGAGUCAACUCUCUACUCGCUUGUUACUCAGAGGCUCACGAUGCGUGUAACACUAUCCCACGUCGCCGCCCUCGUGGCUACACCACUCCUCACCUCUGCCGCACCACCCCUCGAAGUCCGCCAAUCUCAGCAGAAGGUCACCAUAGACCUCACGAAGAAAUACCAAACCAUUGACGGUUUUGGUAUCUCGGGAGCAUUCCAACGUGCAAAUCUGAUUGUCAACCUGCAACAGCCAAAGCAGCGCGAAGUUCUUGACCUUCUUUUCAACACCACCACGGGCGCCGGCUUUUCCAUCGUACGCAAUGGAAUCGGCUCGACACCAAACAGCAAUAAAGACUAUAUGAACACUAUCCUGCCUAAGUGCCCAAGUACACCUGCAGAAGUAACGAUUGACUACAGCGGGUAUGUAUGGGAUGGAAAGGAUAGCGGCCAGCUUUUCCUAAGCCAGAGAGCGCAGGAGUAUGGUGUCAAGACAUUUUAUGCGAACGCGUGGAGUGCGCCGGGGUGUAUGAAAACGAAUAAUCAGGAUACCAAUGGCGGACAGCUGUGUGGUGUUUCGGGGGCUACUUGUCGCUCCGGUGACUGGAAGCAAGCGUAUGCCAACUACCUCGUUGCAUAUAUCAACUUUUACGCCUCGGCUGGUGUUAGAGUUACGCAUCUUGGUUUCCUCAACGAGCCUGACAUGUCCACCUCAUAUGCGUCCAUGCAGUCCUCUGGCACUCAAGCUGCUGAUUUCAUCAAAGUCCUGCGCCCAACACUCGACCGUGCCAAUCUGACCUCCGUCGGCAUCAACUGCUGCGAAGCCACAGGAUGGAGCAUAGCCUCGCAGCACGCGCAGCAGAUCGCCUCCGCUGGAGCAGAGUCUUUGGUGUAUGCCAUCUCCUCGCAUGAGUACACGUCCCGCAUUAGCGGCACCAUGCGCACAAACGCCCGCGUAUGGCAAACGGAGUACUCAGACCUCAACGGCGGGUGGAGCACAGCCUGGUACUCGAACGGCGGUAGCGGUGAUGGCUUCACCUGGGCCAACACUGUCUUCAACGGCGUCGUGAACUCCAACCUCUCCGCCUACAUCUUCUGGGAAGCCGUGCAAGACCGCGCAACGAAUAACAACAAUAACGAGAAGCUCAUCCUCGUCGACGGGCAGACGUACACAGUCAGCAAGCGCCUUUGGGCAUUCGCACAGUUCCGUGUUGUACGGCCUGGCGCAACUCGUGUCGGUGCAAGUGGUGGCUCGAAUCUCAAGUCAGCUGCUUUUGCAAAUACCGAUGGAAGUGUUGCGGUCGUCAUUAUUAACUCUGCGACGGGCGCGCAAAACAUUGCUGUUGCGCUUCCGGGGUAUCCAUCGGUACAAGCGUGGUAUACUGAUAACACACAUGACAUGAGUGCUGCAACGGUUACGGUGGGGAGUGAUGGUACGGCAGCCGCGAGUGUGCCUGGUCGUGGAAUGAUCAGCUUCUUGUUCAAGAAAUCAGCGAAUGGAACGGCCGUGUAGAAUCCAGACGCUCACUUAUUAGUAGAUGAACAUGGGUUUUAAGAUUGGAGUCCUCGAUCUACUUAGUUACCAUAUCGUGCUCCAUCCUCUUGCAGAAACUGUUCGUGCAGCUCCCAACAAAUCUUUCGAUUGUGGAUAGUAUAUCCAUAUUACUUUAUU